UUCACAUCCUCCUCCUUACUCAUCAGAAAUUUCGGGCUGGCUCGUUUUUCUGUUUUGUCCUCAUUCGCUCCCUUUGCUUCCCCCUAGUCCCUCGUCCUUGGCCUACCACCCCUUCCUUCGCUCACCUGAGUCUCUCGCUCAUUCCCCGACGCAUUGCCGGCACUGGAGGUCUUUCGACAGUAGGAGCUCCCGGCUCCUAAGAUAGGAAUCACGUCAAAAUGCUUCCAGAUAAAUAUGUCGGGCUUAUUCUAGCCAUUGUAUCGACCAUGGCUAUCGGUACGAGUUUCGUUAUCACCAAAAAGGGCUUGAUGCACGCCUCCGAACGACAUGGGUUUGAGGGCGAAGGAUUCUCAUACUUGAAGAGUCCCGUGUGGUGGGGUGGUAUAGUGACACUGGCUCUUGGUGAAGUCGCCAACUUUGCUGCGUACGCAUUUGCGCCUGCCAUCCUGGUUACGCCCCUGGGUGCGCUGAGUGUUCUGAUCGGUGCGGUCCUGAGUUCGUACUUCCUCAACGAGAUACUUGGUGUAUUAGGAAAAUUGGGCUGUGCGCUGUGCUUGCUGGGGUCGGUCGUCAUCGUUCUACAUGCGCCUCCAGACAAGCAGGUCGAGACUGUCGAUGAAAUUCUUGGAUAUGCGGUUCAGCCAGGGUUCCUUUUUUACUGUAUCGCAGUUGCGGUCUUCUCGACUCUGAUGAUCUACCGGGUUGCGCCCGUCUAUGGCAAGAAGAACCCGCUCAUCUACAUCUCGAUUUGCUCCACUGUUGGAUCUGUUUCCGUCAUGUCCGUCAAGGCCUUUGGUAUUGCAGUGAAAUUGACCAUUGGGGGCAACAACCAAUUCGUCCACGCAUCCACCUACGUCUUUGCCAUUGUGACCGGAUUCUGCAUUUUGACGCAGAUGAACUACUUCAACAAGGCAUUGAACUCUUUCUCGACUUCGAUCGUGAACCCACUUUACUAUGUUACCUUCACAACCGCGACCCUCUGUGCCUCCUUCAUUCUUUUCAAGGGAUUCAACACCACCGACGCCGUCAACACCAUAUCUCUACUUUGUGGAUUCCUUAUCAUUUUCACCGGCGUGUACCUCCUCAACCUCUCGCGACAUGACCCUGAUGGACACAGCAUGGUGAAUUCAAAACUUGACGAGGAUGGAGUGCCAACAGACGGUCUGACGAGCUUCCAGACCCGUCGCUCAAUGCAGUCCCGCCGAAGCUCCUCGAGUGCAUAUUUCAAUGGAGCCAGCGACCGCGAGGGCCUCAUCCACGCAUACGAUGCGGAAAACGGGAUCGGCAUGAACACCUUGACCGAAGCAAGUGAUGGGGGGCCAGGUCCAACUUUCCCGCAGACCGAAGCACAGACUGCAAUGCACACCAAGCAGAACAGUCAGAUCUGAUCGCAAGUGUCUCAUAGUCUGAUUGCAAUCCUCGCCUUAUAACAAGGUCUCUGAAAUGAUUCUCCUUCCUCUCUACACACACUCGACUGCUGGCAAGCUUCCCUUCCACGGGCUUGAUCUCCACUUGUAUUUUUACUGUUCCUCGAAAAUGCUAGAGUUGCAUUGAAACUCGGGCGAACUCAUCAGGCACUGGACAUGUCUGUAUGAACGACUGGAUAUGACUCUGGGUUUCUCUGGAUGGUUGGGAUUUGAUGUCUUUUUUUUCUGUUUUCUUUUCUUUUUUUUCCUCUAUCGGUGAUCUGGCGUGACGAGAUGCUUGUAUAUAGUUCAAGUUGGAUUUUCUGCAGAAUAGACUGCGACGUAUCUGGGUGGGGCUGGGCCGAUGAUGUAUUUGCAGGUCAGCUGUUUAUGGAACAUGCCCAUCCGAGAUUCUUGCUUUUUUAA